CCAAGUAAUACGUGACGUGUGCUUGGUUCUCUCUCCACUCUGCUCCAAACCUACCGAUGCUCUGAUCUCUCCCCUCAACCCUAAUUUCAGAGCUUACAGAUGGAUACUCAAUCUCUCGAGUUUGAGUCCAAUUCAUACUUGUUUCUCUAGGAAACCGAGAGGAUAGGAGAGGAGAUUGAUGUAUCAUACUUGGAAUUGGAGGCUGCUUAUUUUCAAUUCUGUUAUUCUCACAGGUUAGGGUUUGCAUUUUGAACUCAAGUUAGGGUUUCAAUCUUGUUUACUACAGCUGAAUCUUUCAUUUUUUUUCAUUGGCGAGGUCAAGUGUGUCUAGUCCUGCUCGUUAGUAGUUCAGAAACUUGUAUACUCUUGAUGAGAAGAAAGCUUGGACAAUUAAUGUUGUUGCCAGGCAUUAUUGUUUGAGCUUGGAAAAUGCCGGAGGAACUUUUGAAUUCUAUCUCUCGCAAAAGAGAAUUCGGUAUCGAAAUUUACCUGGAAAGAUUAUAUUUCAGAUGUCUCAUGCAGAUUCAUUGAAUUACCUGAUGAAGUGAUUGUAAUCGUCCUGAAAAAACAAGAGACCUUAAAACCUGUAUUUGUUGCCCCACAGUUUGCAAGCACUUGCAAUGACUUGUCUCCGAAGCUGACACUAUCUUACUUAGGUUCUUGUAUUCAGGUGAGGCUAGUGAGUAUCUCCCAUGCUGUAAAUCACAUUACCGUGUUCCACAAUCGGCAUUCACUGCCCUCAUGAAAGUGUUUGCUAAUAUGAAAUCUCUUAAAAUUAAGCUUUGCCCUUUCCCUUCACUAAUUUCUUGUUAUGGAGUGCAUCAUGGACAUGCUUUCACAGUCAAGCUGAUGGAAGAGGGCAUGGACAAUAAAAUCCUCUCAUUUGUGUAUGGAUUUUGAGGCUGGAUCUUUGUCACGUGAUGAUGAAGGGAUGUUAUCCCAUGAACGGAACAGGUUCUAUCUGGAAAAGAUUGAGAAUUCUCUGAUGUUAUCCUUUUUUGUUGUAAUAUUAUGUCAACAGCCUAAAACUCUGAGUAGAGCAGUGAUUUUGAGUGCUGGGAUACAGGGACAUAGUUCAGAAGGUAAGGUGGGGUAUUGAUCAGAAGAAGGGAAGGUGUUUGUGGAUUCUAAACAGCUGGCCAUGCCUUUUAUUUUUUAUUUUUAAUACAAGAGUGAACAAGAGCUGGCCUAAGAAUCUGCAGAAUCUGGCUUAUUGGCUUAAGAAGCAUGAGGAAAAUAAGCAUCAGCUUGGAGAGAAGUUGUGGCUUGUUCAUAAAUGGAAAGGAGAGAGAUGCAAUGUGAAUAAAUUGAUUGUAAAGGAGAGAGAUGUGGAGGAGUUGCUGGGGCUUUUGACGAGGACGGCAAAGAUGAGAAACAAUGAAAAUGCAGAUUUCUUCUGACAGUAGUAACUUGGGUACAAUGGAGAAACCUUUGAAUCCCAUAUUUUGGAAAGAAAUGUCUCUAUCCAAAUUGACCAAGAAAGACUGUAUUUCAGAUGUCUCAGACAGAUUCUUUCAAUUACCGGAUGAAUUGAUUGUAACCAUCCUGACAAGAACUAAAGAUGCCAAAACCCUUAUUCGUUGCUUGUCAGUUUGCAAGCGCUUGCAAUGCCUUGUCACCAAAGUUGACACAGUCUUCCUUGGAUUCUCGUAUCCGGGCGAGGCUGGUCAGUAUCUCCCAUGCUGGAAAUCACAUUACCACAUUCCGCAAUCAACAAUCCCUGCCCUCAUGAAAGUGUUUGUUAAUCUGAAAGCUCUUGAAAUUAAGCUCUGCCUUUGCCCUUCACUACUCCCUUGUUAUUAUGGAGUAUCUCGCAGUUGUAGCUUCAAGUUCCUGCUGAAGUCUGUGGACAUGAAUGAUAAAAUGCACACUCAUAUGUGUACAGCCUUUGACAUUGGGUCGUUGUUAAGUGCUGAUGGGGAGAUUUCUUUCCCUGAAUCAAACAUGAUGUAUAUUGGAAACGUCAAGAGCUCUCUGAUGUUGUCCUUUUUUCUUGUAAUAUUAUGCCAUCGGCCUAAAACGCUGAGAAGCAUGGUGAUUUUGAGUUCUGAGAGUUAUGGGUCAGAAGGUAAGGCACAGUAUAGAUCAGAAGAUAAGGAGGGGUAUAGAUCUGAAGGGAAUGUGUUUAUGGAAUCUGAACAGGUCGCCAGGUUUCGUGCUUUGAGUUUGACGACAGGAGUGGACGAGAGCUGGCUCAAAGAUCCACAGAAUUUGGUUUGUUGGCUUGAGAAUCAUGAGGAAAAUAAGCAUCAGCUUGCAGAGAAGUUGUGGCUUAUUCAUAAAUGGGAAGGAGAGAGAUGCAACAUGAAUGAGUCAAUUGUAAAGAAGAGCGACGUGGAGGAGUUGCUGCGUGCUUUCGAUGAGGACAUUGAUGAAAACAAUGAAAAUGAAGAUUUCUUCCGAAUGUAGUAACAUGAGUACUAUGUUGAAACCUUUGAAUCCCAUCUUUCGAAGAAAAUGUCGGUGUCCAAAUUGACCAAGAAAGGCUGUAUUUCGGAUGUGUCGUGCAGAUUCAUUCAAUUACCUGAUGAAUUGAUUGUAUCCAUCCUGAAAAAAACAGGAGACCCUAAAACCCUUAUUUGUUGCUCGGCAGUCUGCAAGCAUUUGCAAUUCCUUGUCUCCAAAGUUGACUCAGUCUCCCUUAGAUUCUCGUAUCCGGGCACUGCAGGCGAUUAUCUCCCAUGCUGGAAAUCACAUUAUCACAUUCCACAAUCAGCAAUUCCUGCCCUCAUGAAAGUGUUUGCUAAUAUGAUCUCUCUCAAAAUCGAGCUCUGCCUUUGCCCUUCACUGGUCCCUUGGUAUUCUGGAAUAGCUCGCACCCAUGGCUUCAAGUUCCAGCUGAAGGCAAUGGAUAUGAACGAUGAAAUGCACACUCAAGUGUGCAUGGCAUUUGAGGUUGGGUUGUUGUCAAGUGAUGGUGAGGGGAUGUUAUUACCUGAAUCAGAAGCAUUGGAUAUUCUAAACGUCAAGAAUCCUCUGAUGUUGUCCUUUUUUCUUGUAAUAUUAUUUUAUCGGCCUAAAUCGCUGAGAAGUGUGGUGAUUUUGAGUGCUGGGUUACUGGGUUAUGGAUUAGAACGGUAUUUACCAAAACAUAAGGAGAUGUAUAGAUCAGGUGGGAAUGUGUUUAUGGAAUCUGGACAGUUGGCCAAGUUUCGUACUUUGAAUUCAAGUACGAGACUGAACGAGAGCUGGCUGAAGAAUCCGCAGAAUCUUAUAUGUUGGCUUAAGAAGCAUGAGGAGAAUAAUUAUCGGCUUGGAGAGAAGUUGUGGCUUAUUCAUAAAUGGGAAGGAGAGAGAUGCAACAUGAAGCAAUCAAUUGUAAAGAAGACAGAUGUGGAUGAGUUGCUGCGUGCUUUUGAUGAGGAUGUUGAUGAAAAACCAUGAAAAUGCAGAUUUCUUCUGACAGUAGUUCGAGAGUAUAAUGGUAAGUUAUAGGGUUUGCUUUACUGUCAAAAGUUAGAAAAUACUGCUUUAGUUAAAUGGUAUAUCUUUAAUUGUUACAACUGUGUUUGAAUUUAGUCUGAUGAUGGAAGUGUAAUGGACCGUGUUAUGAAAUAGUUGUUUCCUUAAUAACAUUACAAGCAUGUUUUUUUAUUUA